AUGGAGGCCAGCAAGCCUGCCGCGAAGUACGCCCUCUCCUCCUUCUACUCCUCCCGGCCCCAGCCCUCCUCCGACUCGGCGAAUGCUAACGCGUCCGCGGACGACAGGAAGCGCAAGAUCACGGACAAGAACCUGCCGAAUGGCAUCGCGCAGGAACCCGAGUUCGCGGCGGAGAGCCAGAUGUACAGGGACCUGCUGGGGAUGGAGCGCAGGCUGGACUGGACGAUGACGCGGAAGCGGGUGGAGGUGCACGAUGCCCUACAAAGGAUCGUUCCGCCUGAGGAGCCACAGCUGCCUACUCGGGCGAAAGACAAAAACGUUCCGCGCAAGUUCUCGACGCUCAUCAAGCACAUGAUCGUCGAGCUGGACCGAGACCAGACGCUUUAUCCGGACGGGAACAUUGUGGAGGUGCUGGGUACGGGGAACGAACCAACCGGCAUUGGAUGGGUUACUAUCCGGCGGAAGGGCGACAUGCCCGUGAAGAUGCGGAUCGUCAUCCAUUUGGAGCAGCAACCGAGCAAUAUAAAGUCCACCCGAUCUUGCUGCCAUCAUUGGCGUCAAGAAGAGUCGCGGACAGGUGUCAUCCAAGCGUUGUGGAACUACAUCAAGACGCAAAACCUUCAGGACAAGCUCGAUAGGAGAAUGGUGCGGGCAGAUGCGCGGCUUCGCCAGAUAUUCAACGCGGAUAGCGCGUACUUUCAACACCUUCCCGAGCACGUCAACCGCUUCCUUCUUCCCCCCGACCCCAUCAUCCUCCACUACACCCUCAACCCACGGUCCCCCUGCAGAUAA